CACAACGACCAAAAGCAACCCGUGGAAGCAACACUACUAGACCAAAAGGCAACAGCAUUACAAUGUCCAACAUUAGCACUGGCAAGCACCCACUCGAUCAUGACACCACCACUGCUGCUACUAUUACAACAACAAACGCCAACACUCCUGGUUGCAAGCGAUACCGCUAUGCCGCACCCGAUGACAGUCUGACCACCAAAGCCUUGUCGGAACACAAACUGGCCACUGCCAAGGAAUGCUCUGGCAUUCCCAAGUUUGAUGAAUUGAAAAAGUGUUUUUGGGAUGAAAUUGGUGCCGGAGAUUUUCUCAUGCAAGAAAAGAUUGCCUUAGUGUUAGAAGUCUGUCCGCGCUGUCACAAGAAAUUGCCGCCUCCCGACAAGAAACGCAUGCAACGCUGUCAUGUGCGACAGUGCAUGAAAAAGGAAGCCAAUGAAUUCUGUCAAUCCAUCUAUCGACACUCUUUCUUUGAAGACAGUCGAGGGGGGCGAUAUUUGGUGCUGCUCUUUUUGUAUCAUUGGGUCAUUGGAUCCAAUUACAAACAAAUGGGGAUUGUUACCGGAUGGUCACGACAAAAAGUGUUUAGUUACAUCAAGUACGUGCAAGAUCUAGUUGCCACUGUGGCAAUGACACAUCAUGAUUUCCUCAAUAAUAACGACACUACAACCCCAAUAGCAAUAGCACCCAUUGGAGGCGAAGGAAUUGUCGUGGAAAUUGACGAUGAGCAACAAGUCUUUGACAAGCGAAAAUUACAUGUCCAGGAAGGAUCCUGGCUCUUUGGCGGUGUCGAAAACACUCUGACACGACGCUACUUUUGCGUGGCGGUGCCCGAUCGCAAUCCUUCCACGCUCUGUGCCAUCAUUCACAAAUUCAUUGCACCGGGAAGUCUCGUACGAAGCGAUUGUUGGACGGCCAAGGAUAUCGUCGAAAUUGAUGACAAGUGCGAAUACAUUUGUGGAGACGCUUCCGACCAGGGUAUGCUAUGGGACGAUGACGAUCCACUCUUAUUGCCACCCACAUGGUAUGCCAACACACGACCCGCACCGGCACGCAAAAAGGGAAAACGACAACAAGCAAUGCUGCUCUUCGAGUACAUUUGGAGACGACAACAUGAAACCAAAUUGUGGGAAGGAUUGUUGGAUGCCCUGCGGCAAGUCAAGUAUGCAUCCAGCAAUGCCACCCUGGCGGCAAACAAACAUGCCAAGAAAAAGGAACAGAAACAACAGCAACAACAGGCUGCCAAUAGUGAUACGACGACGAAUGGUGGUCCCGGCAAAAAGGUCAAGCUACUAGAACAGCCGCAGCCGAACGGAGUUGCUGGAACGAACAUGACAAAGGUCAAAGAACAGACUGGCGACAAUGGACAUGACAAAGUCUUGGGAAACCCUCCACCACAGCAGCAGCAGCAGCAUCUUCAACAGGGCAAUGGAUUGAAACCAUCCGACGGAACUGGUGCCGUUAAAGGAGAAGAUGUGGGGAUCAUUUAGCUAGCCGAGGGAACAACGCGUAACUACAUGUAGCUGCAGGAGUUGGCACAGUACAUGUAGUGCUACCGCAGCCAGAGGGGAUUCGUACACCUUUCGAGAAUACUUUGACGGCAACACAUAAGCGACGACACAGCCACCGGAACGAACUUAUGUGGCUGCAACUUUUGAAGUGGAGGCCACUGUAGAGAAGCCGACGAUUAUCCUUCUCAAGAUGUACGCUGGGGCUUCUUCGCGGUACCACAUUGAAGGGGCCCGCGGUAUCACACUGGUGUGACGAUGGCAGGCAUCUGCUUCGUGGCUCCCUCUAGGAAGAACGCUGGAGCAACACUUCCGCUGAUGGAGGACGACUUGGUUGGAGCCUUGCGCGGGGCUGGGAUGAUGAUUGAGCAACUCAAGAGGUGCUUCGGAGCGCGAUGAAGACCAAAACGAUUUUGACGCUGGCGAAAUGAUGUUGAAGGAAGGAUAGACAUAAAUUCCGUCUUUUCUUGAGCCGGCUGCGUUACCGGCACGGUGGAUGUGCCGAUUUCGACUCACUCAACCUGCCUCGUUUCCAUCGAUGCCUCCUCACUCUACUAAUCAAGCUGGCUUCCGUCUACUAGCUACCAGUAGUACCGGUAGACCCCUUCACCAACAUGCUUGUUACAACGGCACCGGCAAUUCCGAUGCACUAUAAAGUUUCAUUAUUUAUGUUACUGAGUUGCACUGGUUCCCCAACCUGCUCGCCCUGAACAAUAAUUUGAGCCCACUUUGGUUAGGUCUAGUUUCCCGAUUGAUUAUUCGGUGGAUUGUUUGUUUCCUGCACAUAGGUGGUUCCACGUCUACGAGAUCUUCCGACGCGAAGAGCCACGAGGACGCUUCUUGGGAGAGCAAGCAUCAGCGGCCAACUGAAUGGAGGCCCUGAGCUUGAGAAAAGGACACUUGCUCUUCUUGUUGAGACAAGCGCUUUGAAUUGAAGGGGCACUGCAGAGAAACUGCAACUUGAUCAAAACCAAAACGAAAGCCACCACCUGCAACAUUCCUGCUAUUUCGAGUGGCUGCCGUAACAACAUUUCGAUUCGUCCUUCCCGGCUGGCAUAUCCCUGGGGGUCUCGCCAGUAAACAAAGCACAUGGUCGUCACCGCACCUACCAUGACCCGUCGCACUUGAUUCAUCUUCUUCUUGCGUCGUCUUACCGUGCUGUGAAUCGACGUAUUGAGACUCGUAUUGAGAACAGACGUAUUGCCUGCUUCAGCUGCAAUAGAAACAUCCAGGCUUCUAGACCAUGAAGUGAAGCUUUGAUCAAUGCUGCGGUUCGCAUAGCUAGUCUCGCUCGUAUCCGUGAGAGUCGUGGUUGCCAAAGUCAGGGAAUCCUGUGAUCCAGAUUCCUCAGUACCAGAGACGCUUGCUGCAAAGAAAGAGCCGUUCGCAUAUCCGCCCAGACCGUGGACAGCAGCAUUGGCUGCAGCAGCCGCUGACAUGGCAUUUGCCAUGGCUCGAUGCAUGGACAUGACAUGGGGAUCGUCCAUUUCUUCCAUCACUGCCGAAAGCUUCCCUUCGUCGUGCCUUUCCAUUGCCCCGGCUUGUUUGCGGCUGGACCGACGACGACGUCGGUUCGAUAGUCUCUUUUUUGGUUUCUUCACGACGGGUUCGUCGAGCAGUCGACAGAUCCGAGGAUUGACAAGAAUUUGUUGGCUUAGAUUCGCGAUUUUUGUGCACGUGUAUCCUACAGGCACCGCCGUCAACACCUCUCCAUGUGCAAUGCGAGCCGAGUCUCGAAUGCCAUCGGGAUUUUCAAUGAGCAGAUCCAAGUCCGAAAUAUCUUGCUGUUCGUCUUCCUUGGGUAUUGGUCGACACAAGCCAGUGUAGAUCUGGGCUCCCAGUGACGGUUCCGUGGCAUUCAAAGGAAUCAUGAGAAGAAUAUCCCGAAUGGUGGUCGCCGUUGGAUCCACGUACAACUGAAUGAGCUCAAAGAUCUUGGACGUGGGAUGCAACAGCAACAAGUAGACUUUGAAGUUGGUCUGCUGAGAAUAUGUCGAAGAGAGGGUCAUGUUCAGCUGCGAAGGUACAACGCCCACAGGUUUUUCAUCCUCGGCAAUGGACUCCAUCAUCAUCAUUUCUGGUUCCAGCAUAAUCGGUUCACCAGGAUCCACAAUUUUCACCGACCUGGUGGAAAACCGACGGCUCAUUGGUUCCUCAAUCUUUUCUUCUUCUACCUCGUCAUCCUCGGCGGGUUCCAUCAUCAUUUCUGGCGGAGCAAUCACGAUUGGGUCUCCAGGAUUGACAAUUGUCACCUGCUUUCGAGUACUUGGCUCCUGCAGGGCAGGUGCCGACAAGAUUCCUCCUUGCAUGGGAGUGACGGACGCUGGCUGCACCGGAUGUUCGUUCAUGGUGAAAGAAUCGUCCUGGAUUGAUUUUUGGCGUCGCUGCACCGGCGAGAUUCCUUCCAUAGCAUCGCGUAAGCUCGCCACAGGAGGAGGGGAAUCAGGCACCGCUUUGAGUACUUGGACUGCCACAGGAGGGGUCCCAGCCACCUUCUUUUCUUUGACUGCUUCUUCAGGUGCAAAGAGAACCAUGGCAUCGCGCAAGUUCGCCACAGGAGGGGAUUCUGGCACCGAUUUGAGGACUUGGACUGCCACUGGCGGGGUCCCAACCGCCUUCGUCUCCUUGACUUCUUCUUCAGGUGCAAAGAGAACCUUGGGUGGCGACAAGACAUUAUCUUCGUCGUUCUCUUCUUCGGCAAUCAUGCUUGAAGCAAAAGUGGUGGCGGAAGUACUGGACCUUCGUCGACUCAUUCGACGGAACGGUUUGAAGGACUUUUUCUUCUUUCUUUUCUUGACAGAGUCAUCCUCGUCCCUGUGGUUUCCGACGCUGAUGUUGUCAUGGCUGAUUUCCUUCAAUGGCGACAAGACGCCAUUGUGUAUUUCAAGCUGUUUUUCCAAUUUCUUUCUUCGGUGACGAUGAAGGCGUCUCUUGACGCGACCGGCAAGACUCACGACACUUCCAGCCACACUGCUCGCAACGCUAUUGUUGGCCGUGCUUUGGCUGUCAUGGUCGUCGUAAUAAUGAUCCUCCAACUGCAACGAGCUGUGAAGCGACACUCCCGGGCAACCCUGGAGCUCUGGGCUCAACUGCGCUUGUUCCUGCUUCUUUUUGGACUUGGAACUUCGUCGACGAUUCAACCGGCUGAUCAUCGACCGAGGAGCCACAAUCUUGGGCGACAACUUCUGUGGUGUUGGUUCUGGAUACGAAAACACUGGGUUUCCAUUCUCAUCCAACUGCAUGGUCGCCGGAAUGAGCUUAUCGCCCGGUUGGGUGGAAUAGUGUGGACGAGCCGUGACAACACCCGCCAUGGCUGCAACAAACAAACACAAGUACCGGUAGAGCAACAGCAACUCUUUGCUUCGUCUUCUUCAACAAUUGAAGUUUGUGUGGAAAAAGAUGAGGGAGCUGGAUGGUUGUGUGUGUGUUGUUCUGG